GCCUCCCAUGGCCUCGAAGAUGACGUUUUCCGGAUCGUCCCACUUCCGCUCCCAACUGGCGGCGUUCUCGCGAUCUCCCAAAACUCGGUCACCUACUUGAAGGAGCAUGGGUCAUCUUUCACGCAGGCAUUGAAUCUUGCUGGAAUGCCUGUGGAUCCUGAGGAGGAGGGUAGGACCACGGCGAUCCGAAACGAGACCAAGUUAGACAUCCUCUUGGCCAACUGUAGCGCGGUGGUGCUUUCCCCGACGGUUAUCCUUUUCUCCAUUCAUCCCACGGGGCGCUUAUACCUGGCGCACCUCGUCCUCACCGGGCGGGAUGUGGUGACGGACAUCGUGUGGACCUCUCCCGGCCAGCACGCGCCGGCUUGGGAACUUCACAGCUGGGGUGAGGAGUUUGUCUGCUUAGUGGAUACCGUUGGUUCCCUCAGCGUUCUCAAGACGACUGUCUCGAAAAAGAAGCUUCCGAGCACACUGCAGCCACUGAAGCGGCCGCGACUUCACCAACCAGGCGACCUUCCGAUCCAGUCUCAAAAGCUCAAGGAGCUUCUAUCUGUGCAUGAGCAGCUGCGCGACGUUUAUCGCUUUCUCCGCUCCUACACCUUUGAUGUGGCAGACACACUGCCCACUUUGGGGCCUCUCCAGUGCAUGCAGCCCUGGAUCAGUGAGGGGGAGGACAGCG